UACGAAACCAGCUAACGACUGAGAAUUCUAAAUAAUUUUUACAGCUAAGAGUAUAUGUAGUUUUGUUUAUAUAAGACAGACAGCUUCGAUAUUUUCCAUAUUCAUUUUACUCUCCUAAGUUUUCUAUACCCUUCAUCUCUUCAGUUUUCUUCCCUUUUUAAAUUGUUGGGUAGUUUAAUUUCUACAAGCACAAGUCCAUAACCUGUAGCCAUGGGAACUCAAGCUCCAUCGGAUCCCAACUACAACAAUGACAAGGUUGAUACAAGAACUGCAGAAGAGAAGGCAAUCGAUGCGUGGCUCCCUAUUACUUCUUCUAGGAAUGCAAAAUGGUGGUAUUCUGCAUUUCACAAUGUUACUGCUAUGGUUGGUGCUGGUGUUCUCAGUCUUCCUUAUGCCAUGUCAGAGCUUGGAUGGGGACCUGGUGUAACGGUGAUGGUAGUAUCUUGGAUUAUAACUUUAUACACACUAUGGCAAAUGGUUGAAAUGCACGAAAUGGUUCCAGGGAAACGUUUCGAUAGAUAUCAUGAAUUGGGACAACAUGCUUUUGGAGAAAAACUUGGCCUAUGGAUUGUUGUGCCACAACAAUUAAUCGUCGAAGUAGGUGUUGACAUUGUUUAUAUGGUGACAGGAGGAAGAUCACUAAUGAAAGUCCACGAAUUGGUUUGCAAAAAAAACGAAGACAGUAUCCAUUGCGCCAAAGAUAUUAAACUUUCCUACUUCAUCAUGAUCUUUGCCUCUGUCCAUUUUGUGCUUUCCCAUCUUCCCAAUUUCAAUUCCAUAUCUGGUGUCUCUUUGGCUGCCGCAGUAAUGUCCCUAAGUUAUUCUACAAUUGCUUGGGGGGCAUCAGUAAAGAAGGGUGUACAACCGGAUGUAGAUUACGGGUACAAGGCUCACAGCACGUCAGGAACUGUUUUCAACUUCCUGAGUGGAUUGGGAGAAGUGGCUUUUGCAUAUGCAGGUCAUAACGUGGUUUUGGAGAUUCAAGCUACGAUCCCUUCAACACCUGAGAAACCUUCGAAAAUACCUAUGUGGAGAGGAGUUGUUGUUGCAUACAUAGUUGUGGCUCUCUGUUACUUCCCUGUUGCUUUUAUUGGUUAUUGGAUGUUUGGGAAUUCAGUAUCAGACAACAUUCUCGUGUCUUUGGAGAAACCUACUUGGCUCAUUGUCAUGGCUAACAUGUUUGUCGUCGUCCACGUUAUUGGGAGCUAUCAGAUUUACGCAAUGCCAGUGUUUGACAUGCUCGAGACUGUGCUUGUUAAGAAACUUAGGUUCAGGCCUACUUGGUAUCUGCGAUUUGUUACCAGAAAUAUUUAUGUUGCUUUCACAAUGUUUGUUGGAAUCACCUUCCCUUUCUUUGGGGGACUUCUUGGAUUCUUUGGAGGAUUUGCUUUUGCUCCAACAACUUAUUUUCUGCCUUGCAUCAUGUGGCUUGCAAUCUACAAGCCAAGGAGAUGGAGUCUCUCUUGGAUUGCUAAUUGGAUUUGCAUAAUAUUUGGAGUUCUAUUGAUGGUUUUAGCACCAAUUGGUGGUUUGAGAUCCAUCAUAGUACAAGCCAACACUUACAAAUUUUACAAUUAGACAUCUCUUUCUUGGUAAGGAGAAGUUUGUAUCAAUAUUCAAGUCCAAAAAAAUUGCGACGAUUAUGCUAAACGAGAGGAGACUAAUUAAAUUUCUUAUAUAGAAGUGGAGUAUGUUUUAUUAUCGGAAAGAAAUUUCUGGCUAGAUACUGCCUUGUUGUGUUUUGGCUUAUAACUUUUUAUAGAGUAGGUUUUCUUCAUGUGUAAAGUUAUGAUUAAUAUCAUAUUGAUAUCGAAAUCAUUGUAAAAUGGCAUCUCAAUUUCUUUCUUUGUUUCUAAUAAACCAUCUAAGAUAUCGUAGGCAUUCAAGACUUUGGAUUCAA